AUGACCCAUUUGCGCAUGCGCAGCCAUUUGUAAAUAAUGAGGUGGUGUUGAUCUGUCAUAGAUAUUUUUCGCGAAAACGCAUAACCGUUCCUAAAAUGGCUGACCAGGAACAAAAGGCGAUUCAAUUUGUUGAGGAGGCAGAGAAGAAGUUAAAGUCAUCCAAAGGUUUUUUUGGAUCCAUGUUUGGAGGCUCCACAAAGGUUGAGGAUGCUGCUGAACUUUUUGUAAGAGCUGCUAAUGCCUAUAAGAUGGCGAAGAAAUGGCCAGGAGCUGGGGAGAGUUUCUGUCGGGCGGCGGAACUCCAGCUUCAGUUGGGCAGCAAACACGAGGCAGCCACUCACUAUGUGGAUGCAGGGAGUGCUUACAAGAAGUCGGACCCACAGGAGGCUGUGAAUUGUUUGGGAAAGGCCAUAGAGAUUUACACAGACAUGGGUAGAUUCACAAUAGCUGCCAAGCACCAUGUAUCCAUAGCUGAGAUCUAUGAGAACGAGCUGGCUGACAUGGAGAAGGCCAUCUCGAGCUAUCAGCAGGCUGCAGAUUACUAUAAAGGAGAAGAAUCUAACGCGUCAGGCAAUAAAUGCUUACUCAAAGUUGCCCAGUAUGCGGCUCAGUUGGAGAGAUAUGAUGUGGCUUUGCAGAUAUAUGAGGAGAUUGCCAUGUCAUGUAUGGAUAAUGCACUUCUGAAGUAUAGCGCUAAAGACCAUUUCUUCCGAGCAGCUGUUUGUCACCUGUGUGUGGACACCUUGAAUUGUCAGCAGGCGCUACAGAGAUAUGAGGAGCUCUUCCCACAGUUUGCAGACGCCAGAGAGAGCAAGCUGCUCAAGAGCCUGGUUCAGGCGUGUGAAGAUGAAGAUGCAGAUGUGUUCACAGACGCCAUUAAGGAAUACGACUCAAUAUCCCGUCUUGAUCAGUGGACCACCACCAUGCUCCUGCGAGUGAAAAAGAGAAUCAAUCAAGAUGAUUUAAAAUAAAACAUGAACUGGACCUUAUGUUUUUCUUCAUUAAUUUAUUAUAUUGUCUUGCUGAAAAGUACUUACAAUGUGACUUUUCAAGUACAAAGAUUUGAACUUGUAAACAUAGAAACAGGCAGUAAAUAUGGUAGACAAUUUCCUGUUGUAAUUAAUUAUAACAUGUUUUGCUUUUUUUUUUUAUCAAUGUUGAUAUUUACAUAAAAGUGACCAGUUUUCGUGCAAUAAAGAAUGGGAUGAAUGAUACAAGUGGAGUAGACAAAAUACAAGUAUGAUGAAUUGUUGUGCUCACGGUUAUAUCAGUGGAGUAGACAAAAUACAAGUAUGAUGAAUUGUUGUGCUCUCGGUUAUAUCAGUGGAGUAGACAAAAUACAAGUAUGAUGAAUUGUUGUGCUCACGGUUAUAUCAGUGUCAGUAUGUUAACAUACUUGUACCAAAAACAUCCUCAAUUAACCGAGUGUAAAAAUGUUUUGUUGGUUUUCUUUUAAGAUAAAUUAUUAAUUUCAAUUCUGAUAAGUGUCAAAAAACAUCAUAUGGCCGAUGGGAAAUUUUUGUUUUAUAUGAGAUAUUGUUUGCAUUAUACAUGUUAUUUAAUUUGAUAUUAAGUCAUUUAAUUUUGGCAUAUCACCCUAUUUGAUAUGGAGAUAAAGAUUUUAUUUCAUUUUUCCACAUUCCAAUCUAUCAUCGAAUCAUUUAGAUGAAAAAUCAUAAAUUGCGGCGAUGCAUUUCUGUCAUUGUGAGCCUCUUUUCCUCUAUUCAGCUGAUUUCCUAGUUUAAAAUGUAAAAAUUCUUUACAAAAUGUCCUAAUUGGCAUGUUUGAAAAUGACAGGUUUUUGCGAGGUAACCUUGUCAAUGGAGGAAAUGGUGUUUUUCUUUCAUGAGAAGUUUUGAAUACCUCACCACUGUGAAUUGAAUCACUUAAAACAGGUUCAUAAGUCCACAAUGUCUAGGGAUGGUCUGUAACAAAGAAGAACAUAAGAUACCUUUCACCCAGCUCAGAGUUGUCAGUCAAGUCUUUGAAACAGUCAUUUAGAUGUUAUGUACAGUGUUAUAUUUUAUAUCACAGUGUUGUAGUUGUGUACUUUGUGUCUGUUGAGUGUUAGAUACAUGUUACUUCAACUUUUAUAUUUGUGUCUUUGUUAUGCAAAACAUUUUACCAUUACAGAAAUAAAUUCCCUAGAAUGAGCA